AUGGCAAUAUCACGGCGCGUACCAUCCAACCCAUGCAUCGAAUAUAGUACCUUUCACAUGCUCCAACUACACAAUCCUGACAUCUCCCCUCCAAAUGAACAAACCGCCCGAAGCGCAUACGAAUACAAGAGACCUCCCGAGUUCAUCCCAAGAGACUUAG